AUGCCUGUAACCGUUGCCCCUGUUCGUAUCAACAUGAAGAAAAAGAGGCUCAAGGAACAUGAGUUGCUGGAAUUGGCUCGCGUGCCCCGAGAGUCACAGAUACCCCAGAAAGGAAAAGCCCACCAUGGGUCUCAGAGAAAGGAGACCUGCGUGCACAGCUCCACUGCACAUGGUCCAAGCACCAAUGGCAGUCGCCACCAUGUAGGUGGCUCUCCCGAGAAGACCACAGAGAUAGCCCCUGCAGACCGCCGCUUCCGUGCCGAAGACGAAUACCCCACCCGCUUCACUUUGAAGGAAAUUGAAAUCGACAUUGGCUCGUGGAUGUGUCUUGCAUGUCCCACUUCGACCCGCAAAUGCCUGGACUGCAAACAAUACGAAGGCCACGAGGACUACCUGAUCAUCGCCAUCCACGGGGAAUGUCUUACCGAAAAGACUGGGAAACGUUCGGCAAUCGGAGUAUUCUACGGCCGCGGCAACGCUGGCAACAUCUCCUGGCCCAUUCCAGGUAAGGACGACCACAGCCACACGACCCAGAUCGCCGAGUUGACCGCCUGCCUGCGGGCAUUGCGCAAUGUAACCUCCAUCAUCGAAAAACGCCACAACAUGAUGCGCAACGGCAAGGUUCUCAUGCCGUUGAGUACCUUUGUUAUCAAAACAGACUCCGAGUACCUGGUCCGCAGCUUGACGGAGUGGCUGCCCAAGUGGAAGAAGAAUGGAUGGAAGACUUGCAAGGGAGCCCCGGUGGCCAAUGCUGAUAUGUUCAAGCUGGUAGAAGCUGGCCUCACCAUGGUAGAGAUGGUCGUUCGGGUUAAGUUCUGGCUUGUGCCCAAGGAGAACAACAUGGAGGCUACUUGCCUGGCCAAGAUGGCUUUCAUGGAGUAA